AGACAGCUGUGAGGAAUGCCAAAAAUGGCAUAGGGAUUAUAAAUUAGUCCUUUUAAAACUCUUUUCAAAUUUCAACCUCUCAGCCAAUCAAUUUAAGAUAUCUAGAUUUUCUUUUCCUAACAAUGCUCAUACAUUUUGACCCUUCAUUCGAUCUCCUUUUCUUCUUUAAUGCCAUAGCUCAAAGUUGAACUAUUUUCUUGCUGUUCUUGGUAAAGCUCUGCAGAACUUAGGGUGGAAUCCUUUUAUUUGUUGAUUGCUGUUAUACUCUCCUUGAAUUCUUUGAUUACUUUUCCUGUUCUACAGCUGAUUAUUUCUGUUGAGCUAAAAAUGUUCAAUUUGGUGUUCAUGAUUUCGUCCAUAUGUUGUUUGAUCUUUGUUUCCUCAGAAUAUGACCCAGUUGAUAACUAUCUGAUAAACUGUGGAUCAUCUGAAAACACAACUCUGGGUCGCCGGUUUUUCUUGGCUGACAACUUGAAUUCCACAACCCUUUCAACCCCACACAAGAUUUUUGCAAAAUCAGCUUCUGACCUUCUUGUCCCAUUUCCCUUCAACUAUACUUCACCCCUUUAUCAGACUGCCAGAAUUCUCAAUGGAACCUCAGAGUUCGUUUUUCCAAUCAUGAAGCUUGGCAGACACUGGCUUCGUCUGCAUUUCUUUCCUUUCGUUCAAGAAAAUCAUAACCUAACCACUGCUAGAUUUUCUGUUUCAGCCCAGAACUUUACUCUCUUGAAAAAUUUUCAGCCAUCAAAUACCUCCACACUUAAAGAAUACUCUUUGAAUAUAAGUAGUAGUCAGCUGGUUCUUGUUUUUACCCCUGCUGCCAAUUCUUUUGCUUUCCUUAAUGCUCUGGAAGUGGUUUCAAUUCCUGAUGAGGUUAUACCUGCUGGUGCUGGAAUGGGCACUCCAGAAGGAAGUGAGCAAGACCUUAGGGCACAUGCCCUGGAGACUGUGGUGAGGGUAAACAUGGGGAAUGUAACAAUUCCCCCUCAAAAUGAUACAUUGGGGAGGUUAUGGUUUUCUGAUGAUAGAUAUCUUAAAAGUAGUAAUUUUGUCGAGUUUGAAUUGAAGGAAGGUGUCCUGAAUUAUACAAGAGGGGCGACAGAGAACAUAGCUCCUCCCCUUGUGUAUGAAUCUGCUACUAGAUUGAAACAGGUGGACUUUAAUAUCCGGUUUAAUGCUACAUGGCAGUUUGAAGUUCAUCCCGCCUUUGAGUAUCUAGUUCGGUUCCACUUUUGUGAUAUGGUUAGUGAUUCUUCUAACGAACUUGUGUUCAACGUUUUCCUCAAUUCCCAUGUCGUCGCCGAAAACCUUGACCUUAAAACUAAAACCUCAAAUGCCUUUGCUUCUCCUUAUCACAUGGAUGUUGUGAAAAGGUUGGCCACAGGUCGUGAGCUUAGCAUAACAAUUGGCCCAUCAGAUGUGCGCAAUGUGCUUCCCGAUGGCAUCCUGAACGGGCUGGAGAUCAUGAAAAUAAGCAACUCUAAGAACAGUCUUGAUGAAGAUGACACUGAAACUCAACUCUCCAAAACCACUUCCAAGUCUAAAAAAUGGGUGAUUUUGGGAUCAGGCUUCGGAGCAUCCUGCUUGGUUGUUUUUGCUUUGGUGUCCAUUCUGGUCUACCGAAACAGAAGAAGAAAACGUAUUGGUUUGAGUAAAUAUUCUGAAGAACAGGGUUCCAUUUCGAGGUCAAAGGCAGGGUAUCUAAUCCCUUUUAAGGCCAUUCAAGAAGCCACAGACAAUUUCUGUGAAGAGAUGAUAAUAGGCAUUGGCGGUUUUGGGAAGGUUUACAGGGGAGUUUUGAAAGAUGGUACGGUAGUGGCUGUAAAGCGAGGCAACCAUCAAUCAAGCCAAGGACUCGCUGAGUUCAUUACAGAGAUAGAAAUGUUGUCUAAAUUUAGACACCGCCAUCUAGUGUCAUUGAUAGGAUAUUGUGACGAGAUGAACGAAAUGAUCAUAGUAUAUGAGUACAUGGAUAAUGGAAGUCUAAAGAACCAUUUAUACGGUUCAGAUCUUCCAAAGCUGAAUUGGAGGCAGAGGGUCGAAAUCUGCAUUGGAUCUGCAAGAGGGCUUCAUUAUCUACACACCAGUUCAGAGAAGGCGAUCAUCCAUCGGGACGUAAAGUCAGCAAACAUAUUACUUGACGAGAACCUCAUGGCUAAGGUUGCAGAUUUUGGGCUGUCAAAAGAUGGGCCCGAGAUGGAUCAGACACAUGUCAGCACUGCAGUAAAAGGAAGUUUCGGUUAUCUCGACCCGGAGUACUUGACAAGACAACAACUGACCGAGAAGUCAGAUGUUUACUCUUUCGGGGUCGUAAUGCUUGAGAUCCUCUCAGGGAGGCCAGUUAUCGACCCUUCCCGCCCCAGAGAAUCUGCAAACUUGAUUGAAUGGGCUAUGCGUGUGAUAAGGAGAGGGGAGUUGGAAAUGGUUCUUGAUCCUCACCUUAAGGAAAGAGUAAAACCGGAGUCUUUACUGAAGUUUGUGGAGAUAGUUGAAAAAUGCUUGGCGGAGUGUGGGAUUCAUCGGCCCACAAUGGGGGAGGUCCUAUGGAACUUGGAGUGUGUCCUUCAGCUCAAUGGAAAAGAAGACAGAAGAGUUCGAGGUGGCAUCCCGGAUCCGGAAAUCAGCACUUCUACAACUCAGGUCAGCGUUGGAAGUAUGGGUGAUCUUGAAGGCGUUUCUAUGGGUAGAGUUUUCUCCCAAAUGGUAAAGGCUGAAACGAAACACUUGAAUGACAAGAUUUAAGAAGACUUUGAGGUUGUCUGUGCAGAAAAUAGAUAUUUGAUUGUGUGUAUAUACAUUUUGUUUGGUUGAAAGCAGUGCUGCAAAUUGUUCUGAAAGCAUUCUGUAAUACGAAAUUAUCUUCUCACAAUUGUUGGAUAUGUUAAAUGACUAUUAUGAUGUUGUUACAGGCUUACAGCUCAAGUUUACCUU